GAGGCGAGGGGGAGCGCACUUGAGGGAUUGACACAAAUGGUCAGGCGGCGGCGGCGGCGGAGGCUGGAGCUGCCGCGGGGAGCCGCGCGCCGCCUCUCGCCACUCGGCUCUGCGGGGCAGUGAGGAGCGCUGGCGGGGCCGGGAGCGGGGCAGUUUCGGGGUGUCCCCCUCCCGCCGCCCUGCCCCCCUUCAUGAGUCUCAAGUUUGAUGCGGGCGCAGCAGAGGCAGCAGGCGGCGGCGGGAGCCCGGCUGGGGCGGCAGCGGCGCCGAGGCAGGGGCCGGCGAAGUAUGGCUGAGCAGCGGGCACCCCCGGGGGCGUCCGGGCACGGCCGGGAAGUUCGCGGCGGGGAGACGGCGGCGGGCGGCAGGAAGAGGAGCGGCAGCGGCAGCGGCAGCCGCCCCGGCUGGUGUCUCGGGCUCCUGCUGCUGCUGUGGGCGGAGGCUCCGGUGCUGCCCGCCCGGGGCCAGCCCCAGCAGUACAACGGCGAGCGGGGCAUCUCCAUCCCGGACCACGGCUACUGCCAGCCCAUCUCCAUCCCGCUGUGCACCGACAUCGCCUACAACCAGACCAUCAUGCCCAACCUGCUGGGCCACACCAACCAGGAGGACGCCGGGCUGGAGGUGCACCAGUUCUACCCGCUCGUCAAGGUGCAGUGCUCGGCCGAGCUCAAGUUCUUCCUGUGCUCCAUGUACGCGCCCGUGUGCACGGUGCUGGAGCAGGCGCUGCCGCCCUGCCGCUCCCUGUGCGAGCGGGCGCGCCUGGGCUGCGAGGCGCUCAUGAACAAGUUCGGCUUCCAGUGGCCCGACACGCUGCGCUGCGAGAAGUUCCCGGUGCACGGCGCCGGCGAGCUGUGCGUGGGGCAGAACACCUCCGAGCGCGGCACCCCCACGCCCUCGCUGCUGCCCGAGCUCUGGACCAGCCACCCCCAGCAGCGCGGCGCGGGGCCGGCGGGCGGCGAGCGGGGCGGCCGCUUCGCCUGCCCGCGGGCGCUCAAGGUGCCCGCCUACCUCAACUACCGCUUCCUCGGGGAGAAGGACUGCGGCGCCCCCUGCGAGCCCGGCCGCCUCUACGGGCUCAUGUACUUCGGGCCCGAGGAGCUGCGCUUCUCCCGCACCUGGAUCGGCAUCUGGUCGGUGCUGUGCUGCGCCUCCACCCUCUUCACCGUGCUCACCUACCUGGUGGACAUGAAGCGCUUCAGCUACCCGGAGCGGCCCAUCAUCUUCCUGUCCGGCUGCUACACCGCCGUGGCCGUGGCCUACAUCGCCGGCUUCCUGCUGGAGGAGCGGGUGGUCUGCAACGAGCGCUUCGCCGAGGACGGCGCCCGCACGGUGGCGCAGGGCACCAAGCGGGAGGGCUGCACCAUCCUCUUCAUGAUGCUCUACUUCUUCGGCAUGGCCAGCUCCAUCUGGUGGGUCAUCCUCUCCCUCACGUGGUUCCUGGCCGCCGGCAUGAAGUGGGGCCACGAGGCCAUCGAGGCCAACUCGCAGUACUUCCACCUGGCUGCCUGGGCCGUGCCCGCCAUCAAGACCAUCACCAUCCUGGCCCUGGGGCAGGUGGACGGCGACGUGCUCAGCGGCGUCUGCUUCGUGGGCAUCAACAACGUGGAUGCCCUGCGGGGCUUCGUGCUGGCCCCUUUGUUCGUCUACCUAUUCAUCGGCACCUCCUUCCUGCUGGCCGGCUUCGUCUCCCUCUUCAGGAUCAGGACCAUCAUGAAGCACGAUGGCACCAAGACAGAGAAGCUGGAGAAGCUGAUGGUGAGGAUAGGGGUCUUCAGUGUCCUCUACACGGUGCCUGCCACCAUAGUCAUCGCCUGCUAUUUUUAUGAGCAAGCCUUUAGGGAACAGUGGGAAAGCAGCUGGGUCGCCCAGAGCUGUAAGAGCUAUGCCAUCCCUUGCCCCAAUAACCACAACAGCUACCACCAUCCACCCAUGAGCCCUGACUUUACUGUCUUCAUGAUCAAAUAUCUCAUGACCUUAAUUGUGGGUAUCACCUCGGGCUUCUGGAUCUGGUCGGGGAAAACACUCAAUUCCUGGAGGAAGUUCUAUACCAGGCUCACCAACAGCAAGCAAGGGGAAACCACAGUGUGAAACCCAGCUCAGCUAGGCCGAAGGACACCCACCAUCCCAACCAGAGAGGGCAGGUGAGGGACCAAACUCCAUUGUGUGCCCACAGUCGCAAUCAGGGAAGGGGGGAGAGGCUGCUGCACAUCCACUCUUGGCAAACUUUUCAGACUGCUAGCCGUUUCUCCAGCCUGCAGGGAAGUGAGAAUAACGAGGCAGGUGGGGAAACUCCUAAGAUGGGACAGGCUUUGCCUCCUGUUGGGACUGAACAUUAUGUAUGGUUGGGGGAGAGGGUUGUAAAUAGCCUGUGUAAGAUUUGUAAGUAUAUUUGUAUUUGUAAAUUACAAAGAUCUCUCACCUUUUUUAUUUUUAGGACAUUUUAACUCAUUUGCAGAUGUUCCCCACGGUUUUUAAUUGGCUUUGGAUUUUAUUUUUCAUUUUAGUACAGGAUGGAAAAAUAAAAGCAACUAAAACAAACCACUCCUUUCAUCCCAGCACAGGUUUUUUAAUGGUUUUGCUUGGAGUUCAGUUGCACGAACAGCAUGGCCUGGAUUGAGGCUGCUGUAACUCCCUAAGGUUCCUCCUGACACAGGCUGGGUCCUGAUCCCAGCCAGCCUACAAGAUGAGUGGGAAUGGGGAGGGGCACAGACACCUGACUUGAUCCCUGCCCCAUAUACCUGAUGCAUAAUGGAGGAGUCUUGCUGCCUGCAUCCUGAGGGGAUGGGGGGAGCAAGCGGCUUUACCUCACUUCUGUGAGCUCCGCCAUAGAUGGUGGAGAGGAAGAUGGUCUGACCCUUGCUGCCCAAUACCAGACAUGUCUAGUCCUUGCCAUAUAUACCCAAGGAGAUCUUAUCCCAGCUACCCAACCAUUGAGGGAACAAUCUCCUGAGCCCUGCGCAGAGGUGUCUGAUCAGGGCAGAGCAGCAGACUAAACCUGUCAACACUUAGCACUGGGUGGGGGGACGGACUGCCUUCUGUUUUUUUAAAUUUAACUGUACCAUGUGUUUGUUUUGUCAGUGGUCAGGAGUGGAGGUCUAAUAUCAGCCGCACCUAUAGUAUGUUUGAUGGCUUAAGAGAGAUAAGAGAGCAUAGAUAGCAACCUUUCCUUUUAACCUGUUUAAUAAACUUAUUUCUUUUUCUAAUGGAAACCCAAGAGGUGAUUGAUCUGGCUAACCUUUCAUCAGAAAUGGGGUUAUUGGCUGUUGCUGUCCCAAAAGUUUCACAGUGUGUGGAGGGAAGGAAGACUGAGGAUAGUUAUAAAUGUUAAUUUGUGUGUGCUCAGUUUCUUGGCUAUCUGCUUCCUUGAUGGGUCAGCUUGUGUGUGAUAUAACAUUGUUUCUUCUGUCAAUGAAACUGUUGAGGGAGAACGACCUGGAAGGUUGUGUUGAGGUACUUGAUAUUUACUUAGAUUAAUAGACUGCUCAAUAUAAACAGGGUCAGAAAAUAUGAGUUUAGUAAAAAGAGAUUAGUUGGAAUGACAUGCAGUACUCAGCUUUUUUAUUAAAUCUAUAAAUUGACUUUUCAAUCUGGAAAUAUUGAAAACAUUAAAAUGCUCCUGUAUUAAAAUGCUCCAUUAUGUACAAAUUGUGAGGGAGGGAUGAUUUAUUCCACUAUUAAAACAACAACAACAACAACCAAGAAACAAAAUAAUCUGAUGGGAUAUGAGGCUUUAAGGAAACUCUGAUGUCCUUUCUAGUACCAUAAUUACGUUGCAUACUGUGAAGCAUGUGUGCAAUAUGUCUGCUAUCUUUAAAAAAUGUAUGCUCCUGUUUUUUUUAAGAGGUUUAAACAAGACACAUCAAAUGUAACUCUUCACAGAUGCAUUUUAAUAUUUAGUCCUCUGUAUGAAAAAAACAGAAUGCUUCUCUCUCCUGAUUGUAUUUUUUAAAAGUUUUUAUAUAACAAGCGUCUGUAUUUAGGUUCAUAAAUGUUAUCUCUGGCUACCAUAUCCUGAAAUGCAAUGGUAUUUGAAUUUGGUAUUCAUUUAUUUCUUUCAUUAUCACAAGAUCAUCUAUAUUUAUAGAGGAAUAGAAAUUUAUAUAUAUUAAAUACCAUAUUUUUAAUUUCUCUUAAAUAAAUUGAGGUUUUGUACAAAAUGAUCUUGUCCUUUUACAUAUGCCUCACAGUAACUCAAUAUAUGCUGUAUUCAUUAUUUUCAUAUAUUACAAGGUUUGGGUGUUGUUUUGUUUGUUUUUUAACUGCGUUCACAGUACAAGCUAGAAUUCAGUGUAGGAAUGCAUUAUGCAGCUUCUUUUUUAUGUCUAGGACAGUCCAGAUUAAUCCUUCAAAAGAACUAAUGUAUACUGUUCAAGAUCCUGGAUAGGAUAUGGUUGAUGGUGUGAAAUCCAAGAAGAGAUCUGCUAUAUGGCAAGAGAAGAAAGAAGCUUGCAGAUUUCUUUAUUUUUGGCAAAGGAGAGAUUAAGUUGGAAAAACCCUUCUAUAUUUGCUAUUAAAAAAUUAGCCAGUUUCUCACUGCCAGAAUCACAUUCAAGCUGUGUUUAUAAAAUAUAAACAAUUGUCUUCCUCAGAAUAUUUUCGUAUGCAGCCCUUUUUGUUUUCUUGGAAUCUUGACUGUUUAGUUAAACCAGAGCUGUAAAAUAUGUACAUGAAAAUAUUUCCAUUCCGGUUUUUGAAGAACUACAUACAUUCUAAGCUUUUUUCCAAAACAUUUUUGUUAUCUUCCAAAGUGCCUUUUUAGAGGUUUGGUUUUGGUAGGCAUACUUGAAUAAUUGAGAUUUUUGUUUCUGACGCUUUCCACUGUUAUAAGGUAGCACUGUGUUUCAUUAUACAGAAUUGUAGAGGAUAUAAAUUGUUUAUAAAAAAGAUCAGGCAAAAAUUAACAUGCAAUACGAAGGAAGCAAGACUGAGAAAUUAGAGGCAAAAAUCUGCCCUCAUAGACAUGAGAGCAGAAUUUAACCAUAGGGCUUUUUAUUGUAGCAUAAAUGUACUGUCCAUUUUCUUAAAUAUUGUCUUUUUUAAAAAAAUUCUCUGUUCUAGCAGUUACAGUAGUACUGCUCAGCGUUCAGCUCCAAUGGUCUAAAGCACAAACCAUUCAGCUUCAUUUGAAGUGCAGGUCCUUUAUGGUCAGGUGAAUAAUUACAACAAUAGAGAUAUUUUGACCAGU